CUCUAGAUCGUGCUGUUAUGGCAGUUCAGUUAAUAUUCUUAAUUGAUACUAAAAUGAACUAUAAUAGAAGAUUUGGAUUCUUAAAGCUUACACCAAAGUGUGUAAAUGCAGAGUUUCCAAAAACCUUCCAGUUAUCUCAGGAACAGUUGGAUUUUUUCGCGGACAAUGGCUAUUUAGUUAUAAAGAACCUAAUUGACUUUGGAUCGUUGAACAGCUAUAGAAAACGCUUUAGUGAAAUAUGCGACGGUUCAGCACCUCGUGGAAUAGUGACCAUCGUCAAGGAACCGAAGUUGAUCAAAGAAGCAAAGACGCUAGAAGAUUGUGUUAAUAAGAUGCAAGACAUCAUCGAUGAUGAGGUAUUCGCGACGUACGUAGAGAACCCAGGUCUCCUGGACGUGGUGUCCCAGCUCAUUGGUGACAACAUAUCUGCUGUGCACACCAUGGUCAUCAACAAGCCUCCUGGUACGGGUCGACAUCCUCCGCAUCAGGACCUGUACUACUUCCCCUUCAGACCAGCAGAGAAGAUCGUAACAACCUGGACGGCCAUAGACGAGGUGACCAUAGAGAAUGGAUGCCUGUACGUCCUGCCUGGGAGUCAUAAAGGCGACCUGCAUAGACAUGGGUAUCCUGAAAAAUUCGAUCAGUUAUUCCACUGGAUCAUGGACGAAGACAAAGUAGCCCCAGAACACAAGCGAGUUGACCUGGUCAUGGGUCCAGGGGACACAGUAUUCUUCCAAUCUGGUCUGGUGCACGGUUCCAGGCCUAAUGUGUCAAAGGUUUACCGCAAAAUCAUAUCGUGCCACUACGCCAGCGGUGACUGCCACUACAUUGAUUUAACUGGCACCAUACAGCAGAAAAUUGCUGACGAAAUAGUUGCAGUAUUUAAAAAGCGAGGCGUGGAUCUCACUUAUGAGGAAAUGUGGCGUCACAAAAGUAAACAAGUGAAACCUACAAAAUCUAAUUUGUGAAUAUAAUUAAAUAAUUUGUUACAUGAAUAUUAAACCAUAUUAAAGUGAAUGUAUUACCAGUGUGGAAAAUAAAGCAAUCUUAUAAUAA